CUGACCACUUCCUGCCAUCCCCCGCCCAGAUGCCCACACACAGGUGGUGCAGGUGAAUGACUCCAUGUAUGGCUUCAUCGGCACAGACGUGGUCCUGCACUGCAGCUUUGCCAACCCAACACCCACUGUGAAGAUCACACAGGUCACAUGGCAGAAGGCCACCAACGGCACCAAGCAAAACGUGGCCAUCUACAACCCAGCCAUGGGUGUCUCUGUGCUGGCUCCCUACCGCGAGCGUGUGCAGUUCUUGAGACCGUCCUUCACUGAUGGCACCAUCCGCCUCUCCCGCCUGGAGCUGGAGGAUGAAGGUGUCUACAUCUGCGAGUUUGCCACCUUCCCUACGGGCAACCGUGAGAGCCAGCUCAAUCUCACUGUGAUGGCCAAACCCACCAACUGGAUAGAAGGUGCCCAGGCUAUGCUUCAGGCCAAGAAGGGACAGGAUGACAAGGUUCUGGUGGCCACCUGCACCUCAGCCAAUGGGAAGCCUCCCAGUGUGGUGUCCUGGGAAACGCGGCUAAAAGGUGAAGCUGAGUACCAGGAGAUCCGGAACCCCAAUGGCACGGUGACCGUCAUCAGCCGUUACCGCCUGGUGCCCAGCCGAGAAGCCCACCAGCAGUCCCUGGCCUGCAUUGUCAACUACCACAUGAACCGCUUCAAGGACAGCCUCACCCUCAACGUGCAAUAUGAGCCUGAAGUGACCAUUGAGGGGUUUGAUGGCAAUUGGUACCUGCAGCGGAUGGAUGUGAAGCUCACAUGCAAAGCUGAUGCUAAUCCCCCAGCCACUGAGUACCACUGGACCACGCUGAAUGGUUCUCUCCCCAAGGGUGUGGAGCCCCAGAACAGAACCCUCUUCUUCAGGGGACCUAUCACAUAUAGCUUGGCAGGGACCUAUGUCUGUGAGGCCACCAACCCCAUCGGCACCCGCUCAGGCCAAGUGGAGGUCAACAUCACAGAAUUCCCCUACACCCCAUCUCCUCCCGAACAUGGGCGGCGCGCAGGGCCAGUGCCCACGGCCAUCAUUGGGGGCGUGGCAGGGAGCGUCCUGCUGGUCCUGAUUGUGGUUGGCGCUAUUGUGGUGGCUUUGCGCCGGCGCCGGCACACCUUCAAGGGUGACUACAGUACCAAGAAGCACGUGUAUGGCAACGGCUACAGCAAGGCAGGCAUCCCUCAGCACCAUCCACCCAUGGCACAGAACCUGCAGUACCCGGAUGACUCAGAUGAUGAGAAGAAGGCCGGCCCACUGGGCGGUAGCAGCUAUGAGGAGGAAGAGGAGGAGGAGGGUGGGAGUGAGCGCAAGGUGGGCGGACCCCACCCCAAAUAUGAUGAGGAGGCCAAGCGGCCCUACUUCACAGUGGAUGAGGCUGAGGCCAGUCAGGACGGCUAUGGGGACCGGACUCUACGCUACCAGUAUGACCCUGAGCAACUGGACUUGGCUGAGAACAUGGUUUCUCAAAACGACGGGUCUUUCAUUUCCAAGAAGGAGUGGUACGUGUAGCCCUACUCUGGGACCUCUGUCUAUGCCCACAUCUCCUGGCCCCUACCCGCACGACCCCUUCCCGCCCCACCACUGGCUCCUCCAGGAGCUGAACAAGAGACUCACCCCACUUCCCAAAGCCAGCCCUGAACUCCUGGGAAGCCAGGGGAGUGCAGACCAGGCCCAACUUGGCUUUGUUUUUAUUUCCUCCCUCUCCCAGCCCUCCCCUAUGGUGUUGUGUUCAACUGUGGCUUCAGUGUUGCUGUACCUUUCCUUCGAUGACCCACAGCCCUUUGUGUAGGGAGCCCUGUUCUUGUCUUGUGUACCUGGGCAUCCCUCCAGGGUUUGGGAAGCCAGCCCUCCCCGGCCCCCCAACACUGGAAUUUGUUUGUGUUCCCUUCAUUGGGGGUGGAGCCCUAAGGGGCUCCAAGAAGAAGAGCCCCCCACCCCCACCCCACCACCCAAUGCUGGUCCUCUUUCCAGAGAGAGGGAAUCCAACACCCCCACCAUAAGCUAACACAGCUGGGGUUCGGGGCCUCAGUCUAGACAGCUGGUGCGACCAAGCGGUAGGGGUGGAGUGUGGCUUCUCCAGAGCACCCAGGGGAGUCUUGUUGGUUAAGUGAUCCUGUUGAGGUUACCACCUGGACCUUCGGCAGUGUGCUUUCCUGGUGAAGGUGGUUUUCCAUUUUUUUCCUCAUUGGUUUACAGAGUCAGUUGACCCAGCUCUGGUGCAUUCCUCCCCUCUACCCCAGUCUGCUCCCCAAAUAAGGGAGGACCCCAGGUGGACUUUGCCCACACAGGCACACACACACAUGCACACACACCACUCAGUUGAUACCUGCUCUCCCCCAGGGAUCACAUGCCCUGCCCAGGCUGGACUCUGCCCAAGACCUGUCCCUCUCUGUUCCACCUCUUUCCCCUCCCCAGCUAGGGAUGGCAGCAGCCUGUGGAAGCAAGGACGGAGCUGCCUUGAUGCCACCACUCCAGUGUUUCAGGCAGGCACAACCUCUCCUUACAGCAUGGGAGUUUCUCAGAUUUCUCCCUUAUCUGUCAAGUGCUAGCAACACUUGAUUCUCUUGGAAAGUCAGGGCUGGGAUCCCAGAAGUACCUCCAGGAGUUAAAGGCAAAGCAGUAUUUAUGUGGAGAAGGAAUCCUGCGUGGGAGAAGCUGUGCAAACACAGUCUGGUAGACAGGGACAGCUAGCACCUCACACAUGAAGGCCAACUUAGACAUCGCAGGCCUCACAAAAUAUGCAAGGAUAGUGGGGCAGCCAGGGAGCCCACUGCUCACCCACUCUCUUCUUCAUGCACAGCUUCCCCCAGUGCCUGCUCUGGGAUGCAAGCCCCUCCUUUGAGUGUAGAUUUCUUCCUUGAGCAGGACUCUGGGUUCCCCUCGGUCAUCCCAGACUGGGCCUUCCCAUGGACAUAGUGGAGGAAGGCCCCCUCCCAGCCCUCUCCAUCUCCCAGCUCAAAGUGCCUCAGUUUCUCCAUCUGCCCCCAGGUCCCCUGGCACUCCAAAAGACAUGCCCAUGGGAAAGACCCUGGGAUAACCGGGGCAGGCUGGCUCCAAGGGCCCUUAGGCCGGCCUCUUAAGAUCUCAGCUCACUCAGCCCAGGGUGCUCUGUAGGAUGGCAAGUGUUAGGGGGAGGGAGGCAGACCACUUUGUGCCCCACGGGCACUGACCCACCCUGCCAUAGGCUUCCUAAAGGAGCCCUUCCAGCCCCCUUCUACUCCCUCCCUGGUGCUGCUAUUGAACCCCACCGAAGCUCCAUCUCUGCCCAGCUGGGCCACCCUCAUCAGCCCUCACUGCCCUAACCCCAGCCCAGGCCGCCCAGUAGCCACGUAGCAGAAGUCUGAAGCCAUGUCAGCCCUGGGGCAGCGCUCCCCUCUCGGCAUUGGGGCCGCUGGAUGAGCUGGAAUUGGGGGAGAAAAAUUAUAGGAUCGUUUUAGACACAGGACAGAGGGAGGUGGAGGAGCUGGGCUACUUCUCCCACAGUACUAGUGUCCCCCAGCAGGGAACCUUUCCCAUGUUACAACACAUUCCAUCCCUCCUCCUCAUGCCAGUCUGGCCUCUCUCCUUGGUCCCCUUACCCCCAGGCAGGAGGCAAGGCAAGGGGUCUGCCUGAUAGAGUCAUUUUCUGUCCCCAUGGAACCCAAGGCAGGAAGGAUUCAUUCUCCAGCAUCUCCCCUGCACUGCCACCAACUGUCCCUCAUUUUGUGACAGACUGAGGAGGUUCUGGGCCCAGCCAAAGCACUUAGCCCCCCAUGUGAUACCUCCAUGCCUUUCACUUAAGCAAAGCACAAAUUGUGGGGUCCAUACAGCAUAGGUCAGGAGCCCAGCCACAGCAUGCCCACCAGGCAGCUGCUACCCUGGGUGAAGAGUGGGCAUGAGGCAGGGAUCAGCACUUGGCCUGGGGAGAUGGGGUUUUCUGUGCCCCAUGUUUGUGCGACAGUAGGCAUUGAUACUGGGCCAUAGACAGCUAGCUGGCAAAUGGAGGUCCAGCCCAGCAGGGAUAGGAGGACAUUUUGCUUCUCCUUCAUGCCCCUAGCAGGAGCUGAGGUGCUUUGCUGAAAAUAAAAUCAACUUGGUAUUAAUUGUGCCAAGGCCUCCCCAGUUGUCAUCUGCCUCUUAUUGCUCCCUCUGUCCUUGCCUCCUACUCCCACUGCCCCUACACCCAUGUCUCCUUGCAGAUUUUGGUGUCAUUCUAAUGUGCAACGACCAUCCAAGUCCCCUUUUACUAGAGGAACUGAAAAGCAGCAGCACACAAUCAGUGAACACAAGGCUGCAAGUGCAGCCACCUCAGGCCCAGCACAUGUGCACAUGGCAAGCACACAUACCUUCCACAGACCCAAGCACGGGUGUGUGUGUGUGCAUGUAUGCACACUCAUGCCCAGAUGGGUGCUCAGCACAGACAGGCAGACAUGGCAGAGGAAUGGGUAUAUCCUGCUGGAAGCCUUUAAGGAAAAGUGGUGACUUCUCAGUGCUCAGGCCUGAAAGAGACCCACAGGGGCCCCAGUUACCCGUCCAACUUUUCUGCCAUCCCAAGGCAGAAGAAUCGCUACUCGUGUCAGGUGAAUGAUACAGCCUGGCAGAAACCUGGUGUUCCUCUCCAGGAAGAAAGGGGUGCUCCCAGGCCCUGGUGGUCCAGUUGAAGACACUCCCCCCAGGCCUGACUGCCAACAGAAACCCUCUUCUACUGAGGGGCAGGUGAGAUGUCCUGGAGGCCAGGGCUCUGGGCCGUGCUGCUGCUGCCAUUGCUGCUGCUCUUCUGACCCUGCUGUGAGGAAUGGCCUUGUUGGUCAGGAAAAAUGGCAUUCCUUUUUUUGUACAAACGGAAACAAAAUCCAAGAGAAGCUGCCACCCUCACCUCUGAGCGUGACUUGCUUCCUUUGCUUCAGUUUCUUCGUCAUUGUUUUCGUCUUCAGUCCUGGGGACAGCCCAGCAGAUUCUCCUGGUUCUGACCUAAGGGGUGUUUGGAUCACCUCCUUUUACUUGUAUAAAAAAAAAGAUGGGUUGAAAAAUGUACUGAGGAAGAAAAAUGUACU